CAGCAAAACAGCUGAUUCUGUCAAAUUCACUGAGAGCCGAUUAGCGGCAUUGCCAUCGGCGCCACCUUCUGAUUCUCUCCACCGUGCAACAAGAGCAACCAACACAGCAAACACUCGCCAACACCAAAACGCGAGGAAAAUGGCUGCGCCCGCCCAUAGAAGCCGAAAACAACCGCAGAGGCGGCCACCAUUCGAGGCAGCGCUAUGGCCGCUCAACAAAUCACUGUAGCGCCAGCUGCUUGCCAGAUACUUUUGUAGGUGAAUGUAUGUAUGUGGGUAUGGAGUGGACCAAACAUAAGGCAAUCGGGCAUCUAUGUUAACUGAGCGUAAAUGUGGGUACUGGAUCGAACAUAAGUAGUAUGAUCAAACCUCGAUGUUAACCGAUUGUGACUGUGUGAGUGUAUAAGUAUUCGAUCGAACAUAGUUAGUCAAACAUUAACCAUGUAACGCACAGAGAAAGUUCGAAGUGCUGAGUGAAACUAAAGUUCAGAGUGUGUGUGUGAAAGCGGUUUUUCUUUUGAGUUUUCAUCGUGCAUAUGUAAGUACAUAACACCGAUUGAGUCAUUUGGCCAGGCCAAAGGGUAUAAAAUGACCCAAGUGGUGGCGAACGGUUCAGAUGCAAAAGUUAUGGUGCUAGCGUUAUUAUAACCGGUGAAGUAACAGUGUAAAAGUUAAGGUUAAAGUUAUUUUUAAAAAAAAAAAAAAAUGUACCUUGUUUAAAGUGCUUGUAGUUACUAUACAAUUUUGUGAAUUGUGCCGUUUUUACCGGAUUGUCACAUACCGGUGAUCGCAAAUCUGUAACAGUGUAGUGCUAAAUUGGGAACUGGAGGUAAGAACUGCCUAAUAUUAUUACCCAACCUUAAAUCUGCAGGCAUUCAUAGAUACGCCAACGCAUAUGUAUGUAUGUAUGUACAUAUAUAUCGUUACCUUAAUAUAGAAAGGCCCUGUCUCACAUUUGUAUUUCUUCAAACAUACUUUGAUAAUUUAGAGAAAGGCAAAGUUCUACAGUUGCAAAUUUCGUAGAACUGCUGAUUUUUAUUAAAGAUAAUAUUUUAUCUAACGCUGUAAUAUUUGUUUUCAAUUUCUAUUAUUUAUUUAUUUAUUUAUUUAAUCUAGAAAUAAACAUUUCGUACAGACUAUUUGGUAAAAAAACCAAAUAUAAAUUAAUAACUAAUUUAGCAUACUAUUUAAAAGUAGUUUGAAAUUAGAUUUGGAAGAGAAAUCGAUAGCAGAAGAGUUUAAGAGCGAAUUAAAGUCGUUUAGAGCUCUGCGAAUAGGACCCAGAAGAUAAUUUAGGUAGGCCUUCUUAAGUAAAGCCAUUCUAAGAGGCCUACCCAAGAAGGGCUGAAAAAAGUGCUAGCCUGAAUGCCUUCUAGAAGGCCUUUUCUAGUUAUAAUUUGCCCGAAUGCAACCCUGCAUGAACUCAAUAGAUAUGCUGGUCUGGCAACGCGAUCAUAGCUGAAAUUUAUGUAUACCAACUCUUCAAGCGAUCAACACGUGUGUGUAGAAAUUUUAAAAGAAAUAUAAGCAAUAAUUCAAUAAAUAACUUAAAAUAUUCUAAUAUGUCGAAAAAAGUAUUAAAAAGCUUGUGCACUUCAAACGCUAAUUUUGAAACUCACACACAAAAUCACAUACAAUUGCGAAACACUGUCACAAAUGAUUCCAAGGACGCGCAAAUAAAUGAUUUACAAUUAAGAAUCGAUAAUUUAGAAAAUACGGUAAACAAGCAAAACGAAAUCAUUAUGGAAGAGCUGGCCACAAUAAAGGCGUACACCCAACAGCUUGUUUUGUUUAAAACAGGAAACGCCGAAAUAAUAAAGCUGUUUCCAAUAAAAACUGAGGAAGAUUUGAAUAACUUCGAAAAUUCAGAAAAUUACGAUGAAAAUGAAAUGAUCAUGACUGUUCGGAAAAUAAUAAAAAAAGGCGGUUUGAAGCGAAAUUUGUCGAGCCUCCUGGGGCCAGAGAUAAUAAAAUCUUUUAAUUAUGAUGGCAUGCAGGGGAAAAAGGCUUUCCGUAACUUAGCUGUGCUUAACAAUAUAUUUUUUAACGCUGCCGAAGACGUGACAACGCGGGAGCAAUAUCGAUCCGAAAUGAAAAGCGGAUUUAAAUUAAGCAAAAGUCGACAAUAUAAAGCAACUCAUUUGCUUAAGAAGCAAAGUAUUUGAUUGACCUUUAAUUUAAGUAAUUCUAAUAUUUAUUUUUAUAAGCGUUAAUUUUUAGUUUUUUGAUCUCAAUGAAUUCAACUGUACCUAAUUGCAAUACCUUAAUUUUUAUAUUAAAUGAAUUUCUUUGUAUAAGUUAAUAUUUUUUAGCUAAUAAGCCUUAGCGUUACAAACGAAUGUGAAGUGCAUUUUGAGUUGCAAUAAAACCUCUUUUGAAACCUUAGAGAAGUAUGUAUUUUUUUAACUAAAGCAGCACUUUUAGAAGAACUGCUUCAAAACGCCUUCUGAAGUACGUCUUCCAAAAGCCCAUCUGGAAGCCCUUCUGUAGGUAGCGAAAUAAGAAGGCCUUCAGUGGUAUGUUCUACAAAAGCCCGCCUGGAAGACCUUCUGUAGGUAGCGAAAUAAGAAGGCCUUCAGUGGUGCGUCCUACAAAAGCCCUUGUGGAAGCCCUUUUAUGGGUAGCGGAAGCAGAAGCCCUUCAAUUUGUCCCACUCCAUACAAAAAAGAAAGGAAGAAGGAAUGUAAAGUGGAAGGCCUCUUGACUCCCAGGAAGGGCUUUUUACACCUAAAAUUAUCUACUGGGGAGCGUUAUUCCUGACAAAAUCCAGAGAAAAAAUGUCAUGAUUCCUAAGGCUUCUUGGUGGGAUAUUAAAUGUAAUCCGUUCGAGUAAGAACGGCGAGUCAAUCGCACCCCGUACAAUUUCAAAAACGAAAGUAAGAGAAAGAUUGUGCAUGUGUAUUGUGCAGUGAUUUAAGGUUUAUAAGCAUGCAUUUAGCAGUGAAAGAUGGGAAAGGGUCAACGAAAUGUAGACAGCGUAGA